AAUUAAACGACGUCGCAACUUUGUUGGCGUAGCGUUCCGUUUUCCUCUGCUUGUGUUCUCUUUGUUUUUUAUUUUGCCAAAGCCUCUGCUUGGUGUUCUCUAGCACAGCACAACCUUCCAUGGCGACUGCAGUGGUAGCCGCAGAGUCCGCCACAAAGCAUCCCCGACCGGGUCGGGGCGGGUUCCAAGCCCAUGGACUCUCCGAAGAAGAAGCCCGAGUCCGGGCCAUCGCCGAGAUCGUCGGCUCUAUGGUCGACCUUUCCCGGAAAGGCCAAAACGUCGACCUCAACGCCCUCAAGUCCGCCGCUUGCCGGAAAUACGGCCUCGCACGUGCUCCGAAGCUAGUCGAGAUGAUCGCAGCGCUGCCGGAGUCGGACCGGGAAUCGCUGCUCCCGAAGCUCCGGGCGAAACCGGUCCGAACCGCCUCGGGAAUCGCCGUAGUGGCCGUGAUGUCGAAGCCGCACCGGUGCCCUCACAUCGCAACCACGGGGAAUAUAUGCGUCUAUUGCCCUGGAGGGCCUGACUCGGACUUUGAGUAUAGCACUCAGUCUUAUACUGGGUACGAGCCUACUAGUAUGCGCGCAAUUCGAGCUAGAUACAACCCUUAUGUCCAGGCUAGAAGCAGGAUAGAUCAGUUGAAACGUUUGGGUCACAGUGUUGAUAAGGUUGAGUUCAUCUUGAUGGGUGGUACCUUCAUGUCACUGCCUGCGGAUUACCGAGAUUACUUCAUAAGGAAUCUUCACGAUGCCUUAUCAGGACACACCUCUGCAAAUGUUGAAGAGGCAGUUGCCUACUCUGAGCAUAGUGCUGUCAAAUGUAUUGGCAUGACAAUUGAAACAAGGCCUGAUUAUUGCCUUGGACCUCACUUGCGACAAAUGCUUUCUUAUGGUUGCACACGUUUGGAGAUUGGAGUUCAAAGCACAUAUGAGGAUGUGGCUCAUGACACUAAUAGAGGCCAUACAGUUGCUGCUGUGGCUGAUUGUUUUUGCUUAGCAAAGGAUGCUGGCUUUAAGGUUGUUGCACACAUGAUGCCUGAUCUUCCAAAUGUGGGGGUUGAGAGAGACAUGGAAAGUUUUAGGGAAUUCUUUGAGAGUCCCUCAUUUAGAGCUGAUGGGCUUAAAAUUUAUCCAACCCUUGUAAUUCGUGGAACUGGGCUUUAUGAGCUCUGGAAAACUGGAAGGUAUAGAAACUAUCCACCUGAGCAACUUGUGGACAUUAUAGCAAGGAUCCUGGCCAUGGUGCCUCCGUGGACACGUGUUUAUAGAGUUCAGCGUGAUAUUCCUAUGCCGCUAGUUACUUCUGGGGUUGAGAAAGGAAACCUUAGGGAGCUAGCCCUAGCUCGGAUGGAUGACUUGGGCUUAAAAUGCCGUGAUGUUCGGACACGAGAGGCUGGAAUCCAAGACAUUCACCACAAAAUUAAGCCUGAAGAAGUGGAGUUGGUUCGUCGCGAUUACAUGGCAAAUGAAGGUUGGGAAACAUUUCUCUCAUACGAAGAUACACGCCAGGAUAUUCUCGUUGGGUUGCUGAGGUUGCGAAAAUGUGGUCGGAACACUACAUGUCCUGAACUCAUGGGAAGGUGUUCUAUAGUCCGUGAACUUCAUGUUUAUGGAACUGCUGUUCCAGUUCACGGGAGGGAUGCUGACAAGCUGCAACAUCAGGGUUAUGGUACACUUCUGAUGGAGGAGGCUGAGCGUAUUGCUAGAAGGGAGCAUAGAUCAACAAAAACAGCUGUUAUUUCAGGAGUUGGAACAAGGCACUAUUAUAGGAAAUUAGGCUAUGAGCUUGAAGGGCCUUACAUGGUUAAACAUCUUGUGGGACAAGACUAAAUAAAUAAAUAGAACACGAUGUGGUAACAUGUUUUGUAGUUGGUAUAAAUGUCUUAUUGUCUUUUAUGGUAAAUUAUGUCUUAUUGAGUUGUGCAUUCAUAUUUUUGGAGUUUGUUUUAGGUCAAUAAUUUUCUGGAAUACAUUAUUCUUUUUUUUUC